GUCCUAUGUGGCAGCCAUUGUUUUGCUUUGAUAAAGCGAGGAAGCGUUCUUUCGCUGUCUCGAUAACGUGUCAACAAGCUGCUCGCAUAAACUUCUUCAAAGGAAGUGAUGAAUGAUGGCGAAUCUUUUUGCAAUCGCUCUUACCGGAGACAAACGAGUAUUUCAGCCCGGCGAUACAAUUUCUGGCGUGUUGCUUCUGAAUACAAACAAAGAAAUUAAUCUGAGAGGUGUUCGUGUUGAGCUGCAUGGUGUAGGGCAUGUGCGUAUUCGUUCAGGUAAAGUCACCUAUGCCAGAAGAGAAAACUAUCUGAGCUUUCAGUCAAUUCUUCUAGGAAGAGCACCUUUCCAAAACGGAAGUGACGUAAAGCUUCAACCUGGAAACUACAAUUUCCCUUUUCAAUUCCCACUUCCUGUGUCCGCAUUACCAACAUCAUUUGAAGGUACCUACGGUAGUGUACGAUAUUGGUUAGACGCUGUGGUGGAGCGACCGUGGAGAAUUGACCUCAAUACCCGCACACCGCUAGUUAUUGUCGAGCGCGUGCAGACUAGGAAUCCAGAAUUCCUGGAACCAAGAGUGAAACAAGAAGAUCGUAUGUUGGGAUGGCCAUGUUGCCCUUCAGGUCAGCUGCACACCAAAGCCCGCAUAGAACGUCUUGCUUAUUGCCCUGGUCAGGAGGUCAAGAUAUCUGGGCAUGUUAAUAAUGAAAGCAGCAAAACAGUUAUCGGUUUUGAAGCGCAACUGGUACAGACAGUGCUAUACAAGGCACCGGAAGCUACAACACGUAAAGUAACAGAGAAGCUUUACAUCCUAAAGAAAGAACAAGAACUAGCACCUGGAGAUCAAACCAAUGUCGAGCUUGAUUCUUUCGUCAUUCCACCUGUACAACCAACGACUAAAGGAUUCGGAUGUAUUGACAUUUCUUACGCAAUCAGGUUUAAAGUACGCGUGAAGAAGGCCUUCAACACCGAAAUAAUCUUCCCAAUUGUGAUAACUACAGUACCUCCUAGCGCCGAGCCCUCCGUUGAUCCAGUCUUGAGAGAGCACAUCUACAUAGCCCUUGCCAAUUACCUUGCGUCACGUGCUGCUGCAGAACUAGACAGCGAUGCACAAGAAGCGACUGAGGGAGAAAGGAACACUGUUUGGGAUGGAUCACCUCCUCCUGAAGCCAAUCGUAAGUACAGUGGGAGUUUUCGUUUUAUUUGAAACUGUUUAUUUAAGAAGUAGAAU